AUGCCUCAGCCUGAGCAGUCAGAAGUGGACGACUUCUUACGGAAGAAGCGCAAGGCGAGGGAGCACAAAGCCUGUUACCCGUGUAGACAGCGAAAGGUCAAGUGCGAUCUUGAACGACCAUGCAGGACGUGCCGAGACCGAGACCAUCCCGAAUUGUGCUCGUAUCAUCCACCCAACAAACGACAAGCGAUGGAUCAGAACCAGGCUGCGAUUAAGAUUGAAGAUGGCGCCUCGUCCGGCUCUGUUACGCUUGGACGUGCCGAAUUCGAAAUGUUAUGCAGCAAACUGAAUGGUCUUGAGAGUUCACUGGCCGAGCUCAAAAGAGAGAUCAAUCGCAAUGCUCAUGAUCGUGUAGCCGAAGAUCCCAGACCCGACAGCACUGCAUCCACCGGAGCAUCCAACUUGAAUGGCGAAGCCUCGUCUCAGCAGCCUACUCACACAGACGUCCACGGCAUCCACACCAGGAAUGACGCAGGUGAGAUCGUGCAUCUCGGCGGCGGCUCGAUUCCAGCCAUGCUCUACAGCCUUGGGCAGGGGCAAGGUCAAAGCCCGGACGAGAAGAUUAAGCUUCAGGAACUGCUCGGCAAGUCGGUCCUACCUCUUUUCGGACUCGACAACGAAUCGGCAACCUAUCCCUUCGUCGACUUGUGGGGUUUGCCGCACGGCUCGUUACAACGAGCUCAGGAGCUGGCAAGAGCACUGCCAAACGACGCGCAGUGUCUCAACCUAUUUCGAUGCUAUCGCGACAUUGGCCAUGUCAUCUAUCCCGGCAUUGCUGACUUGCAGGCACUCGAUUCGGAUCUCACGACGUUCCUUAUCAAUCGUGCAGCAAUGAUUAACUCGUUGGACGGUGUUACAGAGCAAGCCAUCUUUGGCAAGACGUACCACUGGCUUGCGGUGCUCUUCGCAGCUUUGGGCAGUGGCGCGCAAUGUAGCGCCAUGCCACGGAAAGAGCGCGAGCUAACCUCUCAAGUGUACAUCUGCUGCAGCUUCGAAUGCUUACGGUUUACCAACUUCCUGUCGCAGCCCCACGUUGAGAGUAUACAGGCGCUGCUUGUGAUCGGAAACGUCAUGACGAACAACAUGAACGCAGGGACGGCUUGGUGUCUACUCGGCUUGACAAUCCGACUGGCCCAAGGUCUCGGACUACAUCGUGACUGCCCACCCAACGUGCCAACUGAAGUCGUGCUGCCACGGUCGAAGAUCUGGUGGUCGAUCAUCUGGCAAGACAGCCUACUGUCUCUGACGUACGAUAGGGCAAGCACUACGGCGGCGACCGCUUUUAACACCAUGCCUAUGCCGCAGAACGUUGGGAGGGUAGGCGACUAUCAUGCUGCCAUGUACCGCCUGAUGAAAAUUGGCCUCGACAUCGUUCGGGACCGAGCAACUGUUGCCAGCGCAGUGGACCAGUUCGAGCGCAUUUCAGAGCACCAGAACGCAAUCUCAACCCUGAUGCGAGAGGCAGCGCCAUAUCUGCGCGACUCUCGGCUGUGCAAGUCGAACAUAGAUAUGAUUGAGCAUUGGGGUUUCUACCUGCAUACAUCCUACGCGCUUUCCGAGCUCUACCGGCCUGCCCUAAGCCCCAGCAAGGCCGAGUCCGAGCUAUUACAGACCUUCAGCCGUCCCUGUAUCGACAACCUCACCAACGUUGUUGAGUCUUACCUCGGACUGAACAAUAUCACUUCCUUUGCCAGGCAAUCUUGGUCAGCCACCCACCGUGCCCUGUCCUCCGCGCUCCUGCUCGGCAUCCUCCGUGAGCAUACCCGCAACGACCGCGCUCGGAUGCUGUUGGCGCGCUUCAUGGCGGUCAUGAUCGAGAUCACCAACUCCAUCUCGGCACAGGAGAUCUCAGCGCCCUUGCAGCGAGCCUUGUCGGCUUUGAGUAAGCUCAAGAUUGACGAAGUCCAAGGGCAAGACGAAGGCUAUGGCCCCCAUGUUGAGGGUGCCACUUCAAGAUCGGUCGGUGACCGCGGGAGCAAGGCUGAUCACCAAGCGACCAUCAUUACGCCUGCACACUCUGAUGGUAGCAGCUCGCUGGAAGACCACUCGCCGCAUUCAGUGCUGAACUCGAUAUUGUGGGGUGACCCUGACUUUCGCUAUCCUGAGACAUGGGCUGUGUAA